CAAACUUGACCAUACACGGUCAUACACCAUUUCUUCUUCUUCACUUCACUCUCCUCGCGAUCAGUUCAGAAUUCAGGCUCGAACUACAACCUUAAUCUCACUUCAGUUCAUAGAUUGAAUACUUAAAGCUUUGUUUCCCUCUUUACCAAUUUCGAUUUUUAACUUCUCUAGAACAUAGAAAUCCUUUUAAUUCUGGGUGGAUGGGCCAAGGCUCUGGCCACAUUGAUCACCAUCACCUAUUCACCCUUCUUCCUCUACUUACUCCCCUGCAUCUUUUCAGGCUUUGCAGCUCUCAGAGGUCUGAAUGGGUUGCAUUUCUUCCACUCUGUUCAAUCACGACGAUGAGUUUUCCCAGUUUGGCAGGCCUGGGCUGGGUCACCACAUCGUGUCUCUGACUUCCACCACCUAUGGCCUACUCACCCUCGACCCACCACCACCUUUAUCGCCAUCUCCCAACAACGAUGAUCUCCACCUUAACGCACCCAUCCCACCGAGGUUCGCCCUCGAUACUCUCUUCCCAAACCCUCUCCCAGAACCCAGUUCCCUUCGCUCCCAACCGGAGGUUAUCAACUCUUGGGAGCUUAUGGCUGGCCUCGACACCGCCGAGAGCUCCCGUUCCUCUCCUUCUCCUACCCCACCUUCCAUACCUUCCCCUUCCCUUUUCUCUCUCCUCCACACCGUCUCCGAGCUCGAUUCCCCGAUGCCCAGGCCUUCCAAACCCUUCUCCUUCAAACAUCACCUCAUAGACACCAACAAAGAAAACUCAAACCCUAAUCGACACCUCAGCACCGCCGCCGCAGCCGCCACCGCCGCCCCCGAUCCCGACCCAGGCAAUGUUUUCUGCAAAUACUCGCUGGAUGGGUUCGAGAGGCGAUGUCCGCCCAACGGCGAAUCCAAAGUGGUCGUUUACACGACGACGUUAAGAUGUGUUCGCCGGACUUUCGAGGCUUGUAACGCCGUUAGGGCAGCGCUCGAAGGACUUGGGGUGUUGAUAAACGAGAGGGAUGUGUCCAUGGAUCGUGGAUUCAGGGAAGAGUUGAGGGAGUUAAUGAAUGGAAAGGAUUGUACUGCCUCUGUUCUUCCCAGGGUUUUCGUUAAGGGAAGGUAUGUUGGAGGAGCCGAAGAAGUUCUGAGAAUACACGAAGAGGGUUGUUUGGGUCAGCUCCUUGAAGGUUUGCCGAUGGCCGCCAGAGUUGGAGAUCAAUGUGAGGGAUGUGGUGGUGUGAGAUUCUUGCCCUGUUUCGGUUGCAGCGGCAGCUGCAAAGUUGUAAUGGUGGUGAACGAGGAACACACUCAACCACGAGGAGAACAAGAGAGGGAAGUGGUGGUGAGAUGCCCAGAUUGCAAUGAGAAUGGUCUGGUUCUCUGUCCCAUCUGUAGCUAACUCUAUCAUCAAACUGUUUCAUUUUCAAUGUGAUUCACUAAUUUUAAUCCUUCUUCUCUGUUUCUCUCUCUGUCUUUGUUUCUGCCUUAUGUUCUUAUCUCUGUCUUUAGCUGAUCACCAAAUAAUUUUAGUUUACUUGGGUAUCCUGCAACUAAGCUGGUGAUGGCCAAUCUGGAGGAUCCAUCCAUGCUCGAUGUACAAAAACCUUUUGAGAAUGGUAAAUAUCUGCAGACUUCACAGAGUUGCUGUUCUCAGUUCUAACCUUUUAAUUCUACACAGAUCUUUAAAAUUUGACUUC